AUGUCAGAUAAUAGCACAACAACUUAUUCACCAAGCACUCGCAUUACUUUAGCAUUUUUAAUGAGCUUGCUAGCUUUUGCUAUAAUGGUAGGAAAUGCCAUAGUCAUUAUUGCUUUCGUGAUGGACAAAAACCUUAGACAUCGGAGUAAUUAUUUUUUUCUGAACUUGGCCAUUUCUGACUUCUUUGUGGGCAUGAUCUCCAUUCCUCUGUACAUUCCUCACACAUUGUUCAACUGGAACUUUGGAGAUAAAAUCUGUACAUUUUGGCUCCUUACUGAUUAUCUUUUAUGUACUACAUCUGUGUACAAUAUUGUGCUCAUCAGCUAUGAUCGAUACCAGUCAGUCUCGAAUGCUGUGUCUUACAGAACGCGGCACACUGGGAUCUUGAGGAUUGUGGCUAUGAUGGUGGGCGUCUGGGUGCUGGCCUUCUUAGUGUAUGGGCCAAUAAUUCUAGUUUCAGAUUCUUGGAAGAAUGAGAAGACGAAUUGUGAACCUGGAUUCCUUUCAGAAUGGUAUAUUCUUGCUAUAACGUCAUUCUUGGAAUUCCUGGUCCCAGUUUUCUCAGUGGCUUAUUUCAACAUGUACAUUUAUUGCAGUCUAUGGAAGCGUGGUAAUCUCAGCAGGUGGCAAAGAUAUCCCAGACUCACUUCUGUCUCUUCCAUUAACUGUGGAGACUCAUUGAGUAUGUCAAGAGUGGCAGUCCUGGAACCGAGGGAAGCAGCAAAGUCCCAUCGUUCUGAGAGACAAGACAGGAAGAACAGCCUCUUGCUUUCUUUAAGAACCCAGAUGAACAGGGGUGUAGCUGCUUCCAAAAUGAGUUCCCUCCACCAUUCAGAUUCUGUAGCUUUUCGACAGCGGGAACAUCUCGAGCUGCUUAAAGCCAAGAAAUUAGCAGGGUCUCUGGCCAUUCUCUCGGGUGUUUUUAUCAUUUGCUGGGCUCCCUAUUCUCUAUUCACAAUUAUUCGUUCAAUUUACCGCCGAGAUCAGCAUCCUAAAUCCAUCGGAUAUGAAAUCACAUUUUGGCUUCAGUGGUUCAAUUCCUUUGUUAAUCCUUUUUUGUACCCAUUGUGUCACAAGCACUUUCAGAAGGCUUUCUUGAAAAUUUUUUGUAUAAAAAAGCCACUUGUACCAUCACACAGUCAGUUAAUGUGCUCAUAA